AUGGCAGUGAUGGAGUUCGGUGCCACCCCCAAGCAGCUGGCGACGUUGCUGGCGGCGGUGGCGCGGGGUGCGGCCUGUGGCAUUCCAGCGCAGGCCGCUGGUGCGGGCUCCUGGGUCCUCGAGGUCGUCCAGGAAGCCGUCGACCUGGUCAAGGAGGGGCUGGGAGGCGACCGCACGGCCCGCAGCGCCAAUGAGAAGCUGCGGGCGCAGGGGCCGGAAGGUGACGCCUUGGCCAGAAGGAUCGGCCGUGCCACCAAGGCAUGCAAUUGGAGUUCGCAUCCGGACGCGCGCUUCCGCGUGCGUGACGUGGCGAACGCGCAAGGCAAUUCGGACCCGUCGGAGAAGGCGGACCUGUCGACCGAUUUGGCGGGCCUCUCGGAGAGGACUGGUUUGUCGGGCGCGGCGGACGAGGGCGAGGCGGAGUCCGAGGGAGUCGUCAACCACACCACGGUGAAGAAGGAGAAGGGGAAGGCACUCAAUAAGGAAAGCCAAGGCUACGGCAAGGUGAACGAGGACGAGAAGGUGGCUGUGGAAGCUAGUGGUACCAUCGGCCACGUGAAGGCAAUUAUCCAGGACAAGGAGAAGUUCUCUGGCGUGGAUGCGACGAUUGCGAAGCUUCUCGCGGACUGCCAGAAGACUGCGCAGGAGAAGGGCGUGGACCUCCUCUUUUGGGGUCAGGCGCAGCCCGAGUUCGGCGACCUGCUGGGCCAGUGCCAGAGCACGAACUGCCGCUACGCCCACUCCCCCAGCGAGCUGCGGCAUCAGCCGAACUUGCACAAGACCAGAAUGUGCAGAGCUUUCCUGGAGGACGCGAAGAAGACCAUCACGCGCUUCGCCUCGUACGGGUGCGACCUCGAGAAGUACGACAGCAUGGCCGCAUGGGUCAAGAACCACGGCGUCAAGGUCCGCGGCUUCCCCGGGGUGAAGCACGUCGAGAUCGCCGUGUGCGGCACCGGCCGCAUGGGCGUGUUCACGGAGUACAACGACCUGGCCUCUUUCAAGGAGUACAUGGACUCCGAUCUGUACAAGAAGCUUGCCGAGGACCUCAAGAACCAGGACUGGUACGACGCCUCCAAGGAGCCCCAGUCCUUCGUCGGGUUCAAGCAGCCGAACCUCUGCGUGCCCGCAAGGUGGGAUGCCUCUGCUCUGGGCCGCGUGUGCCAGGACGGGAACUGCCCCAACGCCGGAAGCUGUUCGUUUGCGCACUCGGAGUCGGAGCUCCGGGUCACGGAUGGCAUCUACAAGACCCAGAUGUGUCAUUUCUUCGAGCGCGGAAGAUGUCUCAAGGGGGACAGGUGCAACCACGCCCACGGCCCCGACGACCUGCGCAGGUCCCUCGCGGCGGCGGCCGCCGCGUCCAGCACCAGCGGGCCGGAGCUUGUGACGGACGACCAGCGAGCAGUUGGGGCCGCCGCCGCCGGGGCGCGGGCGGGGCCGCGCGAAGGCCGAGGCCCUGGCAGCCCCCUGCCGCUCGCGGAGCUCCUCGCCGACUCGCCAGGGGGCCGGUCGGCGCCCUCACGGGCCGCGGGGGCCCGGCUGUCGCUGGACGACGCCCUGGGCCCCGUGACCCCCUGGUGCAACGAGGACUCCCAGACGGGCGGUGGCUUCGACCCCUGCGCGCUGGAUCCCGGCAUGGGCAUGGUGGGGUACCCGUUGGUGCCGCCGUUCGGCGCCGGCUUCUGUUCGCACUGGCUGGCCGCAUCCCCGGGUGUGCUGGAAGCCGCCGCGAUGGA